GUGGGGGGUGAAAAGCACGCGGUUCUAGCAAUGAUCCGUUUCCCGACGACUCGUGACAAACGUCGAACUGUCAGGUAGCACGUUACCAACUUCCGUCUUUAUUCUCGGACCCCAAAUUUUUUCAUAUAUAAAAAUAUAUAUAUAUAGUAUAACUUCCGGCGCUUUUUUCUUUUUAGUAUUAAAAAAAAAAUUAAUCUCCCGACGACAUUGUAUUUUCACCGUUUAAAAAAUUCACGUUAUGAAAAUUGCUGAUUUCUUCAUAUUCGCAGGACUUGUACCGUUAUGUAUUAGCGGCAAUCGAAAUUUAUCAUCUCUCAAUGGAACGACAAAUACAGAGAUCAUGUCAAAGUCAACAAGAAUUUCAAGAGGUAUUAUCAAUGAUAUCGUUUCAAGAAAUAUUACCAUGGUUUUAGAAAAUCUUUUAAUGAAUUAUGAAAAUAGCCAACUACCAACACAUGGACAAGGAAUUCCAACAGUUGUACGAACAAAUAUUCUCAUAAGAAGUAUGGGUCCAAUCUCGGAACUUGAUAUGGAUUAUUCCAUGGACUGUUACUUUCGACAAUAUUGGCGGGACUCUCGCCUCAGCUUCCUUGGACCGAUUAAAUCUUUAAGUCUCAGCAUUAAGAUGCUGGAGAGGAUUUGGCGUCCUGACACAUACUUUUACAAUGGAAAGCAUUCUUAUGUACACACAAUCACAGUGCCAAACAAGUUGCUAAGAAUUUCUCAGGAUGGCGAUAUCCUUUAUUCCAUGAGACUGACAAUAAAGGCCAAAUGUCCAAUGGAGUUAAGAAACUUUCCAAUGGAUCGACAGUCAUGCCCAUUGAUCUUAGGAAGCUACGCCCACACAUCUGGCCAAUUGGUUUACGAAUGGCAAGAAGGAUUGUCGGUCAAAUUUUCCCCCGGGAUGACAUUAUCCCAAUUCGAUUUGAUGGGAUCUCCUUAUCGAAAUUUCACCUUUGUUCGUCGCGAUGGUGAAUUUUCAGUUCUACAAGUUUCCUUCAAUCUUCAACGACACACUGGCUAUUUUCUCAUUCAGGUGUACGUUCCUUGUGUUUUAAUUGUCGUUCUAAGCUGGGUUUCAUUUUGGAUUCAUCGAGAAGCCACCAGCGAUCGAGUUGGCUUAGGAAUUACAACGGUCCUCACACUUUCAACGAUAAGUCUCGAUUCAAGAACAGAUCUUCCAAAAGUUAAAUAUGCCACCGCAUUGGAUUGGUUUCUUUUGAUGAGUUUCUUUUACUGUAUUGCAACACUUUUGGAAUUUGCCGGUGUUCAUUAUUUUACAAAGGUUGGCAGUGGCGAAUUUCCAGUAGAUGAAGAAGAGUGGGAGGAUUGGGAGAACGCAACCAAUGGGGAUUUCGAGGGUGAUACAUUUUGUACAAUCUCAGCGUGCAGUCCACAAGCCGUUCAUCCUGAAAGUAAUGCAACGAGGAGACGAAAUUCGUUACUCUGUACAAUUUACAAUGAUUCUGCGACUUUUGGAAUUCAAUCGACUCCUGUUUAUAGCAGUAAACCAUCAACAAUGGAAAGACAAACACAAACCGAAACACGUUUACCUAAAUGGAAACAAUUUCUCUAUUGUCUUGCAGGGGAUGAUGCAUUCAGACGUCGAAGGCAAAGAGAAGCGGUUGGUGGAAUUCGAAAACAUGGAAAAAGAAUUGAAAGGCAUAUAAAUAGCGUUUCUCAUAUUGAUAGGGUUGCACGUGUGAUAUUUCCAACGUCUUUUGGUCUUUUGAAUGUUUGUUAUUGGGUCGUUUAUGUGACCUACCAAGAUGAAUUCAAGUGGCAAGAUCCACCGAUUGGAUCAAUGUGAUUCUUGUGUGUUGCAAGUUCAUUCAUUCGAAUUUUCAAAUAAAGUUGUAGAUAACAAAAAAAAAGAA